CUGCUGCGGGUUGAACCUAACCCCGAAGAAGGGGCUCUUCCGCCCAAGCUGUUUCCAUGGCAAUCGAACAUGGCGCCGGGGAGCCAACCAAUUCUGUCGUCCACUCCUCUGCAGGUCCUCCUCUACCUGAACGUCUGGUACUUCGCUGCCUUCUACCUGGCAGAGAUCCUGAUGUUCAUCUAUAAAGGGAUUCUUCUGCCCUACCCGUCUGAUAACCUGCUUCUGGACGUGGUGCUGCUGCUGCUCUUCCUCGGCCUGGAGACUCUCAGGAUCUUUUACGGGUGGAAGGGGAACCUGUGUGAGCGCUCUCUGGCCUCGUGUGCGUCGCUCUUCAUCCUGUUCCCCUGCACGGCGCUGGCUGUUUACUUCCUGCUGCUCCAGACCUUCGUCCUGCGGCUGGAGUUCAUCCUCAGCGCCGUGCUGCUACUCUUCUACGCCCUGGAGUUCCUGCUGGGACUCCUCUCCUUAUCCUCCUUCUCCAGGUCCAAAGUGUACUGAAGAGGAACGUCACCUGAAACACAGAGCGGACACUUCAUGUUCAAAUGGACAGAGCUUUCUUCAGACGUUGUAAAUAAAACUUUGUGUAUUUUCAUAUUAAAAUGUAAAUCUUUGUUUUUCUACUACCUGAGAUCAAGACUUUUGUUUGUUUUACAAGUUAUAAUGAAGUAAUGAAAAUAACACCGAAAUGUUUGAAAUAAAACUUUUUUUUAAAAGUCACCUAUUCUGCAAAAUCUACUUUUUCAUAUCUCUUCUACAUCAACAUGUGUCCCCUCUUCUUCAUGUCUCUUCUAC